UUUACCUUGAAGAGAGGCACUUGCCCUGGGGGUGAGGGGCCGGACACGGGACAGCUUUAAAAUCCAAUCCGCGGGACUUUUACGUCACAGCAGAGGGGAGCUGGAGGGGGACUUUAGACCAGCCGAUAGAGUGUGAGCAGCUGUUGACUGAGGUGGACCUGAGAGGAACAGUGCCAGUUCAGCUUCGCAGAGAAUUUCUUGAGUUACGGACUAAAUUCUUGGUCGUACCUGUCUUUCACAUUCGUAGAGGUCACCAAAAAGACCGGCUUCACUCUGCCUGAACUCUUCUGUGCCACCAUACCAUUUUGAGAUACUGCUGGUAUAUUGAUACUGCUGGUAUUAAGUGACUUCUCGUGGAGGGCCGGGGAAGAGCCAAGCAUACGGAAAGACACACACAGUGAUGGCAGCCCUUGAGCUUCACUGUGGACUGGAUCAUGGCGGGUGUGUGUGGGGGGGCGAGCGAGUGGACCUGCUGGACUCCUUUGACUCUGAGAUGCAGGAGUGGGAGGAGCAGCUGCAAGACAUGCAAAGAAAGAUAGAGGAGUUAUAUGAGGAAGUGAAAGCACGCAGAGGAGUUUCUGAGAACAGCCCUACCUCCAGCAUAGACACCCCGAACCUGGACAUCACCUUGCUUCCCGUUAACGCCACAAAUAACUGUCAUGGCAACAGUUACAACGGUCCGACUAGAUGCCACAGCAACAUAAGUGAUGUCCAUCCAGUUGGUCAACGCAGAGGGACAAGAAACGAUCUCUCGGUGGAGCACGCCAACGGCUAUAAUCACCCAAGUGAUUACUCAUAUUCUAACGCUUCAGUUAAUCAUCACAGCAAUGGGUUCUAUUGCCCUGAAAAAUAUCAGGUUAAUGGAGGCCAAGACGUCACUUUAGACAUUCUGAAUGGAUACCUUGGGCAGGGACCUGAUUACAGACAGAGCCACGGUCAACCUGGACCUCAAAACCUGAGCUCCAGGGGGAACCAGAGUGUUUACUGUUAUCAGGACGGUGGUAAACAGUGGCCUGUGACUGGCAGGAUUGGUGAGUUUGAGGAAGUGGAGAAUAUGAAGAACAAAGGUGUGGAUGACGGCCGAGUCCGUCACGUCAGCUGGAAAGAUCCCAUCUGCUCCAAAGAGCCAUCCCCAGAGAAAUCAGUCAGCAAACCUCCAGUCAAACAGAGAGACAGCCCUCCAACUCCUGUCCUCACGCGCUCCGCCCACUUUACUGAGUCGCCACAACAACAGGACCGGAAGUGCCCCUUGCUGGACAGGAAGUGUGGUGGCAGCCCAUCAGUGUUGCGCAAGUUCGGCGCCAUGUUGCAGGAAAACGAGGGGAAGACCCUGAUCCAGGAUGGGACAGUCACCACUGUGAUCCCGGUCGAGCCCCCAAAAGCCCAAAAUACGCCCGUCUGCCAGCGCAAGUUUGGUGUCAACAGGUCAUCUGCACAUGCGCCUGUCCAGAAGUGUCUCCAUGAGUCUAAUGUAUCGGUGGAGUUCAGCCAAGAGCCUCGGACACCUGCUGGCCCCAGACAUGUGGUCCACAACGGAGAACACAGGCGCUCUAAUUACGGCACCAACCCUUCAUAUACCCACACAAAGGCACCACACAGGGUGGAGACAGGGGCGAACGGAAAAAUGGGCAUCCAGCCAGGCCAGUGGGGAUCCCAGGCAGCGGACCUCCAGUCAGAUUACAGGAUGGUGGAGAGCAUCCUGAGCAGCUGUGCUGGUUCUCAGUACCAGGGAAAAAGACAGGGUGCAGAUUCCGGCCAGGGAAGGGACAGCAAGGUUCAGUUUCUGGAUGUGAUGAAAGGGGAGCAGCAGUACACAAUCAGUCAGAAGAGCACUCAGCAGGUCAGCCGCGAGUCGUCUCCCAUCGCUCCCAGAAGGAGUUUCUCUCGUCCUGCUCGUCCAGCCAAUCAGCGGCCUCCAUCCAGAUGGGCAAGCCACGCUCCCAUAGCUAAAAUCACCACACCCUCUGGCCCCAUGCACCGCCCACCCAGCCCCGCCCGCAAAGCCAGGCAGCCCCAAAGUAACUUCAACAACUUCAAUAACUUCAGUCUGUACACAGAAACGGUCAUCAUGUGACCGUCAUGUGACCUCCUGGAUGGACAGAAUGACUCACCUCUACUUUUGACCUUUCUAGAUCAUCUUUUCCAGCCUCCAACCCCCCUGACCCUUCACUGCCUCUGUCUCUGUAUAUAGCGCUUGUUUUUCUAAAGCCCGGUCAAGACGAAUGGUCAGUUGAAGGAGGAACUUGAGCCUUACUUAUCGCCCUUCCUUUAAAACCUUUAAAAUCCAUUACUGUAAAACUGCUGGUGUUUAAACUGCACUGGUGUAAAUGCGGAUGUGACGCGUUCGGACUGUGAAACUGAUCUAAGGUGGCCUGAUACACUCCUGUGCCUAUAUGCCCUUCCAUUAGCCUUUCGGCCAUCUCCAUUUCUUCCUUUCUUUCUAUCAUUCUCAUUUUUUUAUCAUAAUUUUUCUUUGUUUUGCAUUAUUUUCUUCUUUUCUUUGUGCGUGCGGUUCUGGCGGUGCCAUUCUGUUGCCGUUUGUUGCUACGUGAGGAAGCCUGUACAAAGCAUGCACAAUGCGCAGCUGCAGCACGUGGUAGUUUGUGACGCUGAUGCAGUCGUGCUGUGGUAUCGAGUGUGAUGAGCAAGUGCAAAAACAGUGUGCCAUUGUUUUUUUUUUUUGUUUCAAUGUCAUUGAAGCAGCUUAAAGCGAUACACUGUAGUGUUUCAGACUGAAGCUCAGCAAACCUCAUUGACCUUCACUGAUUUUGCCACAAGGCAGAAUUGAGACUUGAAGAUUUCUGGUUUAAAAAUGAUUCAAAAUAACAAAAAUACAGUGUCAUUUGUCAGUAUAAACGACACGAAUCAGACCUUUGUUUCCCGAAUAUCAUACUGCUCUUUGGAGUAAAAUAGACCAAAAGUUUUGAAAUCUAAACAGAAUUAAAUGUAUUUUUCUUUACAGCAUAGUUCACAACAUAGGUCACUGAUAUAAAAUGGUAUGUAAUAAUAAAAAAUACAGUUUUUUGUUUCAUGGGCCGCUCUUUGGAAUCACAUACACCAAAAAAAUCCACAGGCAAACACUAACAGUGCACAAUUCCACUUUACAGACCCAUCACUGUGGGUGGGCCUUAAGGGGCUGUUCCCACCCAGUUAAAGUGUUAGGAGCAUAAAACAGGUUGCCAUAUGCUUUUUAUACAGUCUAAAUGAUUUUGCAUGGAAAUUAAACGUUACUUUGCUGUGGUGAAAAUCUUGCAAAGAAUUCAAUACUCAGUAAUUAGCAGCAGAGUCUUUCCCAAAAAUCAGCCCGUCAGUGGGAAUUGCUUGGGGCGGUUUUCUCAACUCCGUAUUCAUGUUGUCAAAUCAACACGGCCGCUCACACCGUCCACAGUGUUAAGGAAAAACUUUUAAAUGCUUUUAAGUGAUAUUAGCUUUACAUCUUCAACAUACAGAGAUAGUAAGUUCUUUAAUCUAUAACACUGACCAUAAAGUUCACUGUUUUGAGAAGGUAAAUACAUCAUGAAUGUUAAAAUUAUCCCUCAUAUAGCCACCGUUAGCUUUCGUGGGGGCGUUUCUUGGGGGGUGUUUUUCCCGCUUUGUAGCUUAGAGGUUGAAAAUGACAAAAUUCCAAGCUUUGACUUCCCAAUGCUGAGCCAAGCUGAACUCUGUUAUGUCUAAUUGGAGCGUUUACCUCAAAGUGAAUCCAAUAUACACGUUAAACGUACAGUACAGGGUGUUCAGGUAGAAUCGGAACAUUUGAUACUUGGUGUUGCUUUCCAAAAAUAAAAAAAGGUCAAUUUUUUUUUCAAAAAGAAGGAACAGUCUGUUGUUAUGGUUACAGGGUGCGAGUCACAUGAGGUACCUUUUUCACAUUAGUGCCAAAAAUGUUCCUAGCAACACUUUUUCCAUACAAAAGAUGCCUUAACACAGCCUCACUUCCCCAAACUGGAACUCACACAAAAGGGCGAAAUGGCUAAAAUAAACAGCUACACUGUAACUGGAAAAGACUAACGAUUGCAAAUAUACUCUUUUAGCAAAAAGGGUUCUAUAUAGUACUGAAACUGAAUUGUCUCAAAACAAUAGUGGAACACCUUUUGGUGACAUAAAGAACCAUUUUUAAAAGGGUUCUUUGAAGAACCAUGUAUAACCGGUUUACCAUCAUAGAGAAGAACCUUUUGACCAUGCAGAGAACCAUUAUGCUUCCAAAUGUCCUUUUCUAUAGAACCCUUGAAGAACCAUUUGAUUGAUAUACAUUUACAUGAUUGCGAUUGGGUGUUAAUAAAGCAGCCACGGGUUGAAAAUUGUUAACAUCUGCGCUGAAGUCAAGCGAAUUAAAAUGUGGAAGAAUACUGAAUUUCAGUAGAAUCAGUGGAGGUCAAAAGUCUGGAAACAUGCUCUGAGAGAUGGUGUACAGGCUACAGCUGAGGUGUAGAGCUCUGGCCUGAAACACUAAGUAUGGCUUUGAGUGUUCAGUACUGUAACUGUGCUUUAAUACCACUGUUGUGUGGACUUUUCCAUAGACCUUAGCAGACUGAUCUGCACCUCAGCCUUCUUAUUAAACACUCCCACUAAUCCCCUCCCUUGAGUUCAGCACACCAUGAGAAGUGAAUGAUAUAUUUUGACUGGUUAAUGCAAAAGAAGUGGCUUUUAAAUCAGCGAUGGUCGUGAGAGACUCUGUCGCUGUUACUAUUACUGUAAUGUGAUGUUUUAUCUCUUUUUCUUCUCUAAUAAAUGCUUUAAAGUGCUUUGACAGAA